CAGGGUUGGUUAACACUGAGUGGGGUUUCAGUUUAUACACUGCCACUCCCAGCCCUCCGAGGCUCUGACUGCAGCCAACACAUCCGGCCUCUCAUCGUGGCUCCCCUAUGCUUUUUAUCUCAGCUUCAGCCUCAGCCUGUCAGAGGAACGGGAUCAUGUUCAACAGUGACUUCAGCCAGGAGGAGAAUGUCAGCAGGCACAGCCUCACCCGGGAGGUCGACCUCAUCAACAGGGACCCCAAGCAAAUCAACGAGGAUGCGGUCAAGGUGAACUUUGAAGAUGUGAUCGCGGAGCCUGUCGGCGUGCACAGCGUGGACGGUGUGUGGAAAGCCAGCUACACCACCUUCACAGUGUCAAAGUACUGUUGUUAUCGCUGCCUGACGGCCAUCUUGGGCAUCCCUCUGUCACUGAUCUGGGGCCUCCUGUUCGCUUGUCUGUCAUUCUGCCACAUCUGGGCUGUUGUGCCCUGCGUUAAGAGCUGUGUGAUCGAGUCCCAAUGUCUGAGUCGAAUCUACUCGCUGGUCAUACACACCUUCAUUGGCCCAUUCUUUGAGGCAUGGGGGAAGAUGUACAGCGGCGUGAAGGUGGUUCUACGCAAGGAGACAUAAGUGCUUUAUUCCAGCAUGAAGACCAAGUACUGAACAUUUCUCUUUAAAAAAAAAAAAAAGCAAACUUAAUAGUUGUCAUUGUUGUUUCAAUCUAAAAACUGUGUAACCAUGAAUUUCGCUCUUUUUCUAAUCCUAUGCUGAAGUCUGCCAAACUUUAAAUAAAUAAUGUUUAAAAUGAAUUGUUUUAUUCCACUACGAUGAUACUGAUCACUCCCACAUGUCGUGACAGAAAAAUUAAAUCAUCGUUAUACAUGAUAAAUUCAAUUUUGCGGCACUUAUUGAGACAUGUGAAUGUGAGUUCCCCUCCUUCACGUUAAAGCUCCCUGCGGCUGUAAAGUUUUCCUUUGACAACUUACCAGGUU